AUGUCCUCGGAGCCAGCAGUGCAACCUGGUUGCGCGCAGCCGGCGAUGGCGUCUGGCACAGGCACUUUUUUCUAUAUUUUUGUAGAUUUUUCAGAAGCUGCACCCUCCUUGAUAGGUAUGGUAAGGAAGGACUGGGCUUCCCAAAACAGCAUUGCCCUCUCUUGGCAAGAGCCGGACUUUCCCCAUGGAGCAAUUCUGGACUACGAGAUCAAGUACUAUGAGAAAGUCUACCCACGGAUAGCGCCGGCAUUUUGGCACUACCUGCGGGUAGAAGAGCAUGAGCAGCUCAGCUAUUCCUCCACAAGGUCCAAGGCUCCAAGUGUUAUCAUCACAGGUCUCAAGCCAGCCACCAAGUAUAUAUUUCAUAUCAGAGUCAGGACGGCAGCAGGAUACAGCGGCUAUAGCCAGAAGUUUGAAUUUGAAACUGGAGAUGAAACUUCUGAUAUGGCGGCGGAGCAGGGACAGAUUCUUGUAAUUGCCACUGCUGCUGUUGGUGGAUUCACUCUCCUGGUCAUCCUCACUUUGUUCUUCCUAAUCACCGGGAGAUGCCAGUGGUACAUAAAGGCCAAAAUGAAAUCUGAAGAAAAAAGAAGGGCUCAUUUGCAAAAUGGACAUUUACGUUUCCCAGGAAUCAAAACAUACAUUGAUCCAGACACGUAUGAAGACCCAUCUCUUGCUGUCCACGAGUUUGCAAAGGAGAUAGAUCCUUCAAGAAUUCGUAUUGAGAGAGUUAUUGGGGCAGGUGAGUUUGGAGAAGUAUGCAGCGGACGUCUGAAGACACCAGGAAAAAGAGAGAUACCUGUUGCAAUCAAAACUCUAAAAGGCGGCUAUGUGGACAGGCAGAGAAGAGAUUUCCUGAGAGAGGCUAGUAUCAUGGGGCAAUUUGAUCACCCAAAUAUAAUUCGCCUUGAAGGAGUUGUUACAAAAAGAUCCUUUCCGACCAUUGGGGUGAAGUCUCUUUCGAGAUUCCUGAGGGCGGGAUUUUUAAAUAGCAUCCUGGCCUCACAUCCAGUGUCAGGGGGUGGAUCUUUACCCCCCAGCAUUUCCUCUGAUCUUACAUGA